UAAAUACCUCCAUUGUGCUAGUGUUCAUUCGCAACUCAAAAUUAAUAUCUUUCUUAUUAUAAAAAAAAUAUUUGCAAUCUUUUUUACUCAUUCAAAGAGAUUAUAUAUGGCUCGUUCCAUUUACUUCAUGGCAUUUCUUGUCUUGGCAAUGACACUCUUUGUUGCCAAUGGGGUGCAAGGUUAUAACAUUUGCAAAACAAAAAGCAAAAAAUUCGAAGGAUUAUGUUUUCUCGACUCUUCAUGUAGAAAAGUUUGCGUCGAGCAGGAGAACUUUGAAGAUGGUCAUUGUAGCAAACUUCGGCGAUUGUGCCUAUGCACUAAGCUAUGUGUAUUUGAUAAUAUUCCUAAUGAUGUUGGAACUAUUUUGGUUCAGGAUGCUAAAACUCUCGAAGCACAAUUGCUUGAAGAAGAGCUUCUCAGGGUGUAAUUAAGUUUGAUUAUGGAUUUAGUGUCACAAUAAAUUAAAUAAAGUGUUGUCUUUCUUAAAAAGGUAACUUAUAAUGUUGUGUUCUUGGUCAAUAAUAGCCAUUUGAUACAUUAAAUAAGUUGUGACACAUCAAUGCUUUUUGUAUCUUGUAUAAUGCUUAUGAAAAAUGACCAUAUGUGGUCUUUGUGUUGAAA